UACUCUCAAUGUUAACGAAAGAAUGUCUUACAAAAAUAAAGCUUGGGAUUACAUAAAAUCUGAACAAAACUAAUGAAAAAAAUUGUCCCAAAAAUGGUACAAUUGAAAAAAUUGCAUAUAUACCUCAAAAAAAAAAAAAUUUGCAAGAUAGUUAGACAACUCAAGUGAUGUUCAAUGUCCACGUGUGUAACGUCGAAGCCCUUAGCCAGUAAUCGUGGAGCACAACGUAUCUAUUGAAGCCAAUCUGUAUACCAUAAAACUGAGCAAAGAUGCCAAACCAGCACUCGCUCAAAUAUCAAGCCGUACCAUUCCCAUACUUCGCUUUAUUUACACCAAACGUCUUUGUCUUCAUUGGAUAGCCAACCGCAAGGUUCCCAUUUUGUAGCUUCCGAGCAUAUUCUAUAAAGUACCUUUCUCCUAAUUCACCAUGAAAGUUCUUUCCAGUUUCCUCUGGUAUCUCCGCCAAAACGGAUCGAGGACAUCCAUUUUAAUUCUUUUGUUGUUUUUCUAGUCAGAACACCACCAUCCACACACAUACACACCCCUCUGGAUUCCUUGUGAAUUUUUCUUCGACUUUUUCCCAAUGGGUCUAUGGCAAAACUUGCUUUUGAUGAAAGCUUCAGUAAUAUUAUUUCUCAGGAUUGCCUCAGCUUGCUCCAAUGGAGAGUGCCGGCAGUUACUGGAUCCAUGUUCAUCCGAUGGAGAUUGCCAGGCGGGACUCUACUGUUUCUCUUGCCCCCAAGGAUUUACAGGCAAUAAAUGUGUCAGAUCAACCGCUACAAACCAAUUCCAGCUCCUGAAUAAUUCUCUGCCGUUCAAUAAAUAUGCGUUCUUGACAACCCAUAAUGCUUAUGCUAUCGAUGGAGAGCCAUCUCACACAGGAGUUCCUCGGAUUACCUUCGUAAAUCAAGAAGAUACUGUCACUCAACAGCUAAAUAAUGGAGUUCGCGGCUUGAUGCUCGAUACGUAUGAUUUUCAAGGAAAUGUAUGGUUGUGCCAUUCUUCUGGAGGACAAUGCCAUGACUAUACUGCAUUUGAACCUGCUAUAGACACGCUGAAGGAGAUCGAAGCUUUCUUAUCAGCAAAUCCAGCAGAAAUUGUCACAUUGAUAUUAGAAGACUAUGUUCAAGCUCCGAAUGGACUGAGAAAGGUCUUCAUCGAUGCCGGGUUGGCGAAAUAUUGGUUUCCGGUGGAAAAUAUGCCACAUAAUGGUCAAGAUUGGCCGCUAGUCAGUGACAUGGUUGCUAAAAACCAAAGGCUACUUGUAUUCACUUCAAUUAGGUCUAAGGAGGAAAGUGAAGGCAUUGCUUAUCAGUGGAACUACAUGGUUGAAAACCAAUAUGGAGAUGGUGGAAUGCGUGCAGGAAACUGUCCCAAUAGGAGAGAAUCGCCACCUCUUGAUGACAAAACCAAGUCUUUGGUAUUGGUGAAUUAUUUUUCAAGUCUUCCCUUUAAGAUGACCGCAUGUGGACAUAACUCGGCUGAUCUAAUUAAGAUGCUCCAUACAUGUUUUGGUGCUGCCGGAAACCGGUGGGCUAACUUUGUUGCCGUUGAUUUUUACAAGAGAAGCGAGGGAGGUGGAACAUUUCAAGCUGUGGACACUCUCAAUGGGGAGCUGUUGUGUGGUUGUGAUGAUGUCCAUGCAUGUGUGCCUGGAUCAACCUCACCCGCUUGCACUGCAUGAGAUGGAACGCAUGCAAUAAGACCGAUCGAAUUCCAUCAUCAAGUUUAUGUGAAAGGAAUACGUGCGUUAUACAAUAAGGCCUAUCUGCUGCCCUCCAUUGAUCAAUUAACUAUGCAAAGGAAAGCAUCAAUUAAAUGUCAAAUCUACCUUCUAAACUUCUAAACAACAAGCUGCCAUUCAGUGGAAACAAACUAAUUAUACUAGUUUGCAUGAUGUACAAAAUACAUGCAGAUAGGGCACUAAUAGUACAAAGUCUCUCGCUCAGAGAGAGAGAGAGAGAGAGAGAGCAAUUGCUCUCCACCAUGAAUAUCUGUUAGAAGAAAAGAACAUUCAUCUGUUGCUAUUUACUUCCAGCUUGGAAUUAAUUUCUUCGAGUUUUUCUAAUAUAUUUUCCGAUGGGUAUUAUGUUUCCA